AUGGUUUUGAUCAAGAGCCUCGUGCUGGCCGUGCUGGCCAGCUCGGUGGCUGCCAAAUCGGCCGUUAUCGACCUGAUCCCCUCCAACUUUGACAAGCUCGUCUUCUCCGGAAAGCCCACGCUUGUCGAGUUCUUUGCUCCCUGGUGUGGCCACUGCAAGAACCUUGCCCCCGUGUACGAGGAGCUGGCCCAGGUCUACGAGUUUGCCAAGGACAAGGUCCAGAUCGCAAAGGUCGAUGCCGACUCCGAGCGGGAUCUCGGGAAGCGAUUUGGCAUCCAGGGAUUCCCCACGUUGAAGUUCUUCGACGGCAAGAGCAAGGAGCCGCAGGAGUAUAAGUCGGGCCGUGAUCUGGACAGCCUGACCGCAUUCAUCACUGAGAAGACCGGUAUUAAGCCCAAGAAGAAGGGUGAGCUGCCCAGCAGCGUUGUUAUGCUCAACAAUAAGAGCUUUCAUGAGACGGUUGGAAGCGACAAGAAUGUGCUGGUUGCUUUCACUGCUCCCUGGUGUGGCCACUGCAAGAACCUGGCCCCUAUCUGGGAGAAGGUUGCCCACGACUUUGCUGGUGAUGAAAACGUUGUGAUUGCCAAGGUCGAUGCCGAGGGCGCUGACAGCAAGGCUGUUGCGGAGGAACAUGGCAUCACCGGCUACCCCACCAUCUACUGGUUCCCCGCUGGCAGCAAGAAGCCUACUGAUUAUGAGGGCGGCCGAUCUGAGAGCGACAUCCUCAAGUUCGUCAACGAGAAGGCCGGCACAUUCCGCACCGAGGGAGGCGAGCUGAGCGACAUUGCUGGCACUGUUGCUCCCUUGGACACCAUCGUGACCAAGUUCCUCGGUGGUCUUUCCUUGGCCGAGGCCGUUAACGAGAUCAAGGAGGCUGUUGCCCAGCUCAAGGGCACGGCGGAGGCCAAAUUCUCCGGCUACUACGCCCGCGUGUUCGACAAGCUGAACAAGGAUGCCAAGUUUGUCAACAAGGAGCUCACCAGACUCAAGGGCAUCUUGGCCAAGGGUGGCCUUGCCACUGGUAAGCGGGAUGAGAUUCAGGUCAAGGUCAACGUCCUGAACAAGUUUACCCCCAAGGAUGAGAAGGACGAGCUGUAG